AUGUCUUCUACCACUUCCACAGCAUCCAGCAACAAUAGCAACAAUAAAUCCAAUACCAUCCCAGCAUCUACUGCCAAUGGUUCCGAUUUCUCCCAGGAACAAUGGCUGGAUCUUCUUCGUGUUCUACCAUCCAGUAGCCGAAUGAAUCUCCAAUUAGCUUUAAGACAAUUUCUUCAGGAGACGGAAGGUGACAUCGAAACUGGUAAACUGGAUCAAAAGACUCCCCUUCCCGAUGCAUCGACGUUGGUUCGCACCCCACUGCCAUUAGAUGACAUGCCUCAGAAUACCUAUGGAACUGAUCGAUAUCUCACUCUGCUGAGACAAUCACUUGAGUUGGACCGCAAACCUCUAAUCCCUUCGGUCACACUGGAUACGCCUAAUGGUCUUGACACUCUGGCAGCUGCCGCAUUGGCAAACACAAGUGCUGAGGUGAGUCGGAUUGUUACGAAAUUCAUGCUGAACGGCAAACGUAUCAUUGGCAUUACAACCCUAAUUUUUGUGAUGUCGUGUAUUACCAACGUCACUUCCACAUCAGCAGUUACUGUGAUUCAAGGCAAAGCAGUGCCAGGUACUGGAAUGGUAGCGAUCCCCAUAACUGCCCAAAUGGCUCCAGCCCUUCUGGGUGGUUUCAAGACGGACUCCAGUCAGCGUCAAUCUCCGACAAUUCGGGAGACCCCGAAACGAUUGGCUGCCACACGUGCUGAGGCCGAGCAAGCUGCUGCAGCUCAUGCUGGCACCAACACCGCAGCAAAACGCAAUCGUUUAGGCAAUGACAAUGUGACAGAUGACGUGGAGAUUUCCACGGCCACUGCUACAUCUGCCACGACUGCCGCCAACCUUCUACUUUCCAAUGGAGGUCUUCCUAAGUCGUCAGCCUUAAAGCCGGAUCCUGAGUGUGUCAGCACUGCUUACACCUUCCAUGGCGGAAGCAGUGAUAGUCCUGGUAGUUGGAAUCUUCCUUCUGCCUCAACUGUCGCGUCUGCUGUCAAUGCUGCUACCAGCAGUGGUGGCGGAAUCCUAACAGAGAACAAUCGUCGACGCACCAGAGAUGAGGGGAUCACUGACGAUGAGGCAGCUCGUCGCGAGAAGCGUCGAGAACGCAACCGUGUUGCCGCCGCCAAAUGUCGCCAGAAUCGACAAAACCAGAUUGAGGAAUUGAAGGCGAGACGAAAGCUCUUAGAAGACGAGGGCAACCACACUAGACAGCUAAUUCAAAAUCUCCUUCACGAAAAGGCGCAAAUGGAGGAGUUAUUGAAGAAGCAUGCGCAAAGUGGAUGUCCCACCGCAGCCCAAUACUUCGAGAACGGUACCUUCCUCCUUCGCCUUUCUGCAGCAGCAGCGGCAGCAGCAGCCGCGUCAUCAACAUCGGCAUCAACAUCAGGAGCAGUCAAUGCAUCGUCCACACCGAGCAUCCGGAUAAUCCAACCCUCCACUCCCCAUCAGCUUCAGCUUCCCAACCCUGGAGCCGCCCCCUUAGCCGCCACGGUUUCAUCUCCUGCCGUGAUUAAACCGGAGGCACCUGGUUCAAAUGCUGCGAUGACCUUUGUGCCUGCUCAGCGACCCAAUACCCUCUCCUUAGUAACCUCGACAAAGGUAGAACUUCCAACGCCGACGUUGGAUUCUGGAGCUGCAUCGUCCACCACAACAACCCAUUUGGCUGCCCAUUUGUGGUCGCCUUCGGUGGCAGCAAAGAUCAAGACACCGGGUGGCGAAAAUUGGGUAAAUAGCCAAAUUGGAUUGCCACCAAUUACUGUGGGGCCGGAGAAGGAUGUCGCCACGUCUGCGGCAGCUGGUACAACAACAACAACGACAACUCUCCUCUCUACACCCGACAUCCUCCAUCAUCUUGGAAUCUCUUUGGCAGCUGCACAUGCAUCUGGCAACACAGUAGCUAGCAAAUCCAACACCAUUCAGCUUGGUUGCACUGAAGGAAAGAUUACGACAUCAUUAACGUCAGCUUCUGCGUCGUCCACGCCUUCAGCAGCUACUACUUCCACCACGACAGCAACAACAAAUAUGGGAUAG